AUGACAUGGCCCCGCUCUCAUGGAUCUCAUCAUGUGAACUAUGAGGCUGAUAGAGCGAAAUACCGCAGUGCGGCAAACAAACAACGCAACUCCGCCACGGCCGUCAUACUGGAGAGCAGCAAUCGACGCUCUGGCAGAGUCCUCUACCCUGCCUAUAAAAGAACACCCCGAGCAACACUCGAAGCAGCCCUCCAUAGUAUUAACCCGUGCUCACUUGACAGGCCGUUUUCACACCUCGAAGCACAUUUUUGCCUCCGGUAUUCGCCUCGACGGCAGUGCCUUGAGAAUUUGACGGAAGUAGUAUGCUCUCGCACUCCUCUUUGGCAGAUACUCCCGACUACGUAUCAAGAAGCAACGAUGACUCGCAUCAUACGCCCUCUUCUCUCUGGCAUGACCAUUGUCGUCGCCUUCCUCAACGGCACCACUGGUCUGCCACUACCUCCGGCCUCCGCCCCUAGCAUUGCCCAGCUGUAUCCCGCUGGCCGCAUCGCUGCUGCAACUGGCCCUCCCACUCUGUACCUUCAACCUGGUUUCAAUGCUCCCGCCGGCGCCGUCAUUGAUACCAACAGAGCACCAUAUGUAGCUACCCACGCGGAGUACACAUUUUGGUGGAAAGUCCGCACCUUGGAGCAAUCCGAAACGCACGAAAAUGUAGAGCUGGCCAUGGUCCGGGAUACGCGAAGCAACAAUCCUGGAAUGAGAGACAUUCAGCCAUUUGUCAGGCAAGAGAUCCGACGGUUGAGGCCAUUUUUCGAAGGACGGCGAACCCAGAGGUCUGCUAUUCCACGGGACUUCGCAUUCCCGCUGCCGCCUCCGAACUGGGUCCCGCCUCCUCCGGUAGUUCCAUUUCGCAACCCCCUGAAUCCUCCAGGUCCCUCUGGGUUUGGUCGGAAUCCAGCAAACGUUUCGAAUCCACCUCGUCCGAUCAUGCACUAUCCUCCACCUCCUCCGGCCAUGCACUAUCCACCUCCUCCUCCGGCCAUGCACUAUCCACCUCCUCCUCCGAACAUGCACUAUCCACCACCUCCUCCGGCCAUGCACUAUCCACCACCUCCUCCGGCCAUGUACUAUCCUCCUCAUCCUCCUCAGCCUCCUCCUCCUGCACGCCCUUACAUUCCCACCCCUGAAACGAUCGAGAGAAUCCAUUGGCAAAGCUCAUUCUGGGAUUUCCCUAGCGAAGUCGCCUUCGGACUGAUUACGCCUCUCCCUCCCUCCGCGACCGACUUUGAUGAUCCCGCAAAUCUCUGGGUACCCCUCCCCAGGAGACAAACGAUGUUGCUGCACUCUUGGUUACAUUUACUGGCGGCACUAGAGAAUAAGCUCGUGGAGGUGUUAAGGGAACUGGCAGGCGAGGCACGUGAAGUGAGAGACAUGCUCAGAGUUUCACCGGGAAAGCCAAAAAGAAAACCAUGCUGCGAAAAAAGGCGAGAGGCUGGCGCGGUAGAAAAGUGGUUCUCACAGCCGGAGACGGAUGUCUACUCACGGAGUGUGGCAUCAAUGACCAAUGACGCUGUCAUGGUCUUCGCCUGCAAACUCAUCGACUGGACCAUACAGGCGAGCAGAGGCGCGGCGAACAUUUGGAAUUGCCCAGCCACAUGUGUCUCCGCAAUAGACCCAGAACAGAAUCGGAAGGCCGGCGACUUUGAUGUAGAGGUCGAGGACACGGGAGAGGGAUUAUUAGAUAACACAGGAGGUCCGACUGUCGCAUUGCUCUCAUGCCCAUUGACACCAUCAUCCUGAUCCUGAUGCUCGGAGGCGCCAUCCUACAGCUCCUUCCUGUCACCAUUGGCCUGGCUUGCGAACUCUGACUUCUUAAUGCUUUCGGGGGCUUCACCAGCAACCUUGGGCUUGUCCUUCGACACCUUACGUUCCGAAGAGUAGCCAAGAGCGCGUAAUCGCUCGGUGAGGAUGGGAUGCGAAUGGUGGUAAGCACUGUACAUCCAGUCGGCAUCCAUUGAAGAGAGGUUCUUGAUGUUGAUUUUGAUGAGAGAGCUUGCGAGUUCCGCCUUGUAUCCUAAAUCGUACGAGAACUUGUCGGCCUGGUACUCGAAUUUUCGUGUGAUUGUGUUCAUG